AUGCAAGGAACGUGGAACUUCGACGGCAUUCCGGCGGACGAGCCGGACACCUCUGCGCCGGUGCCUGAGUCGAGCACGUUCAAUGCCAAACCUGCGGAGAAUGACUUCACCACUUUCCAGGACAAGGACACUCAGCAAAACAACCACGCGCAUGGAGAGUCGAGUUACCAGCAACCCACAGCAGAGACAGAAUCCGAGGCUGAGCCAGAGCAUCGGCCAGAGCCACGGCCACGGCCACGAACUGAGAGUAGGCAGUGUUGGAUGUGUCAUGACGAGGAGUUCCCAACGUAUGAGGAGCCUUCAGUCCUAGACGGCGUUCGUCGCAGGCGACUCCGGAAGAAAUGGAUUCCCAAGGACCCGUCUACAGGUCCACUGCUCAGUCCGUGCCUGUGCAAGGGCUCCAUUGGGUACAUCCACGAGAGCUGUCUCAAAGAGUACAUGCAGAACCAUGGCGCAUUCAAGUGCCCAACCUGCGGCUACACCUACCAGAUGCAAAGGCUGACGUGGGCCGCUCGCAUUCAGAGCCCGCUUCUGACGCUCCUGCUGACGCUGGGCAUCUUCGUCGUGACGACCUUCCUCCUCGGCUACGUGGGGGACUACAUACUCGAGCUCUACUUGGAUCCAUUAGGAACCAUUAGAGAUUCUGUCACCACUGGCGGGCUGAAUAUUGAUGAGGAGAUGGACUUUGACCUGGGCUCGGACAGCUGGGCUCUACAUUUCGUCAAGGGACUCCUGUCUCUAGGCUUGCUGGGGUUUGUCAAGGCUUUCCUUGCCAUGACUCCGUGGCAAUGGUGGAAUCUGCGUACCUCCGCCACUGUAUAUGGACGGGCAGGCGCCACAGGACGACGACGUGUCGAGAACAUCAAUCUUGCCUUCGUCGUCAUUGGCGUCUUUACUUUUCUAUGGGCUGUGUGGAAAGGCACCCGUGCCUGGAUCAACAAGCGACAGCUCGAAGCGAGCUUCAACAUUUUGAAUGUGCGAAAAGAAGAUGAUGACGACGACGACGACGACCAGACCGGUGCAGACGCGAUGCCUGCUGAUAGCGAGUCUCGAAAGGACCAGUGA